UAGGAAGGGGGAUGGUGGUCUGCGGAGGCGCAUGCGGUACGACGACAGAGGGUUGAGUACACUCUGUCGGGUCCUGCGAUACCUCAACUCCUGUAGCGAGAGGGGCAAACCGCGACGAGGAUGUCAGGAAGCCGACUACAGAGGAAGGCGCAGGUGUACACUGCACCGUGGUUAGGAGGCGCCGCGGGGAUGCGAGGCGCCGGGGGGGGACUGAGCACGACGCUGGCGGGAAAGAUUAGCAUAGUGGCGGUCGAGGGCGGCAGUGUAAGGGCACCGCAAGGAGGUAUGACCGUCCUGGCGGCAUCGCAAACACCCACGCCGGCCCAAAAUAGUUGUGCGCUCCUCAGCGGAAAGGACACCGCGAGGAGGGACAAAGCCCUGAGGGAGGUCCUGCUGAGGGACCUCGGAGGGCGACGAGCCAGCGUGACCGGGGCGGCUGCUUGCCCGGUAGAGGGCAUAGAGUAUGAGCUGGAGGCACUCGGCCAUAGGGAGAGUAUAUUUCUUCAGGUGGUGGUGGACGGCCUCGCCGAGGUCGAGGUCGUCGCUAUGGUCACCCUCAGGCGACAGCGGGGCAACAGCGUCCUGCUCACCAUACUCGAGCGCGCUGAAGUGACACGAGAAGUGGCAGCCCUACUGCGCGGAACGGUGGGGGCGACCACGGAAAGGGGGAACAACGCUGGGAUGUGCCGUGAGAGGAGGAGGGGGCGUAACCAGUACGCUAACGCUGGGAGGAGGAAGUGUGUUGAAGAUGGGCACGCAUCCGCUGAUGGUCCCGAGCGGCCUCGUAAGCCUGAGGGGCCGAUGUGAACUCGUACCACCAUAACUCGGAGUGGUACUCAAGGGGAAGGCUGGCCAAGAAACGAUCGAUAAGGGCAACCUCGGGAAGGAACGCCACAUCACAAAUG